AUGUCAGCGAAUCAGUCUACCCAAACCGUCGUUAAUUUACCUUUAAAUGAAGAGACAAUUCAAUUAAGACAAGACGCAAUUAAAUCUCAUCUUCCACGCGUUUCAAUCGAAUAUUGUGUCCAAUGUCGAUGGAUGGCACAGGAAUUAUUAAUCACAUUUAAUGAUCUCCUCGGUGAAGUAGCUUUAAUUCCUGGUUCCAAAGCCAUUUUCAAAGUUCAUAUUAAUGGAGAACUUAUUUGGGAUCGUAAACAAGAAGGAAGAUUUCCGGAAAUGAAAGAAUUGAAAACACUUAUUAGAAAUAAAAUUGCUCCUGAUAUGAAUCUUGGUCAUAGCGAUGCAGAUAAAAAAGGUGAAUCCGCCAAAACAACUGCCACCAAUGACGACAUUAGUGUGAAUAAAACAACUGGAGGAUGCAAAGAUUGUACUUAG